AUGAGAAGAAUAUUGGGUGUUGCAAUCGUGCUGAUUGUUGUUGUACAGGUGAGGAUACUGGAAUCUCUGACACCCGAAGAGAUCUGUGGCUUUUGUGUGCAUGCGCAGAAAGUUGUGUACGGGCAUUUCGGUAGGCGUGUACCAAGUAAACGUGUUCUCCAAAGACAGCUCAAACAUGAAUGUAGAAGGCUGCCCAAGGUACCACAGUUCCAUCUAUUCGAACAGUGA